AUGACAUGCCAAAAUGGAGGUCAAUGCAUACCCGCCGAUGAAUAUGCAAUAUCGGACAAAAAAUUUACAUGUGUCUGUCCGAAGGAUUUUAGUGGAGAGAGAUGUGAAAUUGCUGACACAACAAUCACUGUGUUCUUCGGCCAAGAGAUUACUUUGCCGCAAUUUAUAAUAUUUCAUUUCAUUCGACAGAUGCAACGUGCUGCACCUGAAAAUGGUUCUACAUCGAAAUCGAUUACUACCAAUCAGAGAUUAGUGACUGUCAAAUGGCCACGCCCAUUUCACGUUGCUCUUGCUGAACUGCCUGACAAAAUUUUUCAUUUGAUUACGGUUCAAAAAGUGUACAAUCAAUCAGCAACCAUUACUCAAACGAUUAGUUCAUUAAAUCGCUGCAAACAUAUAACAGAACUAUUCAACGAAACGAUUAGUAAAUCUCAUCUUCUUCGUCGCAUAAAAUACUAUCAUUUACCAUGUCAAACACAUUCACCACAAUUGACUUGUUUUUACGAUGAAGUUCACUUUUGUGUAUGUACAGACUUGGGCCAUCAAAGAAUAGCUAAUUGCUUCGAAUUCAGUCAUACAGUCAAACAAGAUUGUUUUGGUAGAAGCAACUGUGAGAACGAAGCUCAGUGCUUACAAGACAAAGUAACUUGUCCCCAAACAUCAAUUUGUGUUUGUCGAGCAUGUUUUCACGGCGCUCGUUGUCAAUUCAGUUCACAUUUAUUCGGUCUUUCUCUUGAUGCUGUGUUAGGCUAUCAUAUUCAACCACAUAUUCACCUGAGAAAUCAACUAUCUAUUGUGCAAAUCAGCGUAGGGGUAACUAUACUUUUAAUGCUAAUAGGAUUGGUCAAUGGUGUGCUCUGCAUGUUAACAUUUAAGAGCCCAGAAGUAAACGAAGUGGGUUCAGAUUUGUAUCUAUUGGGUUCGUCAGUGAGUGGCCUUCUUAUCACAAUUGUCUUCGCAUUGAAAUUCUGGGUACUUUACAUCGCACAAAAAACUUAUCUCACAAAUCGAUAUUUUCUACAAUUCCAAUGUCUAUCAGUGGAUUUUUUACUCCAAGUAUGUCUUAACAUGGCUCAAUGGCUGAAUGCAUGUGUAGCUAUAGAUCGAAUGAGUGUCGUGACGGAAAGAUUGAGGUUUGACAAGAAAAAAAGCAAAAAAAGAGCCAAGUAUAUCAUGAUGAUUCUUCUCACUAUUAUCAUUGGUACAUUUACUCAUGAUCCUGUUCAUCGACGAUUGAUAUAUGACGAUGAUGAUGAUAGCAGCAAGCGAAUCUGGUGUAUUGUUGUCUAUUCAUCUGCUUUUCAAACGUAUAAUUCAGCAAUAAAUGUAUUUCAUUUUAUCGUUCCAUUUGUCAUUAAUUUGAUUUCAGGACCAAUUAUCAUUACGAUACUUGUUCGACAACACCGACUUGUACAUCCGAAACAAUCUUAUCGAAGCCUGAUUAGUGAACAAUUUCAACAACAUCGUUAUCUCUUCAUCACUCCAAUUAUUCUAUUGAUACUCAGUACACCUCGUUUAAUCAUUUCGUUCAUUGCAGGUUGUAUUAAAUCAAAUGAUAAUCUAUGGUUGUUACUUAUUGGAUAUUUUGUUUCAUUCAUUCCGUCGAUGCUUACUUUUAUUAUAUUUGUUUGUCCAUCGAAAUUGUACCAACAAAGAUUUCGACGAAACGUUGACCAAUAUCUACAAAUAGCACAAACGAUAUUACACAUACAAUCUAACGGUUUAGAAAAGAAGAAAUAA